CGUCACGUCCUCGGUUCAAGUCGCCACCGUUUUAAUCGAUAUCGCCGAUUCCAGCGCCUUGGCCGGCUCGCAGUUGAACAUCCAGACGUGUGGCUUUGAGGACGCGAAGUGUGUUUUUCACCAACUGUCCUUCGAAAAGGCAGUGUACACCGUUUCCGGCUUAUCCGCUUUUGGCAGCACGAAAGACCGCGGCUUGUGGGUAAUCGCUCCCGGGCAGCAAACCUGUGGGCAAUUUGACAGUGCCGCUCUGACGACAACGAACGUCGACGCGAUGGUGGUGGGCCCGAGGCCCUGCACGGUGCUGGAUUUGGAAAGUUCUUAUUUGUCCGGGGGGUACGGGAACGAAAACGACACCGGUAUGGUGAACGCGGGAAGCAUCUACACAAUUUGCAACUGCCAAGUCGGGAGUUGCGGAGCGUUGAAUGAUUUCAAAGAGUUCCGGGGAUACCUACACUUCGAAGGGCCGCGGUUUUUAACACCAGCGGACUCAAGUUCUUCUUCUGCAAACGACACAACUACAGGAACUACAACAGCUGUCGACAGUACCUCCUAUACGUUGACCGGCGGUGGUCUGUUAACCACAGACAUCAACAGCAACAACUACGCGUUCACCGGCGUGUACACCAAUAACGAGGUCGGAUCCGCGUCGAAGACGCAUUGCGAAAACACCGCGUCGCUAGUAGAGGACAACACUGAGUUUGUCAACGACUGCCGGGUGGACGAUCUGAUCUUGCAGGGGACCAAUCUCGACGUGAAUUCGCUCCGCUUGGUCUUGCGGAACAGCACGACACACAACAAUUCCAGGUGUAGUAGUGGCGCGUACCCAGCAGUAAGCACAACACCAGCGACGUACUAUUCCGCUGACACGUACG